UGGGCCUGGCCCGUGCCGCGUUAUGAUCAACCUGUAUAGAUUUGUGGCCAGGGUUGGGUCACUGUGCUCGAACAUCCAUGCGUACGCCGUCAACUUCUCCUUUUCGGCUCGAAACCUCAGGUUUGGCAGGAGUUUCUUGACUGCUUCGUUGGUGCAAGGCCGACCACGCAGUGGACAAUACUGUGCACGGUAUACAGCUGUCCUAUCGGCUGCUGCAUUGAUUCCCUCCACAGUUGCCUUCGGUGACAAUAGUAAAGCCGAGCGACUAUGGCUGUCCGCAUGUCAGGCAAUCCGGGACGACAACCCGCGCCUAUUGCGCCGGAUUCUCUCAGAGAUGAAGCAAGACGGUCUUGGUGUCGAUGAGCAACACCCGCUGGGAUGGACACUGCUGCACGUUGCUGCAGCAGAGCAAUCUACAAGUUGUGUUCAAGUGCUAAUCGAUGCUGGAGCUGAUGUGGACGCAGUGGACGAGUACUCCGGUUCCAUCGACAUGUCGGCGUACGCCAAGUAUGGUGUCCUGCGUGAAGACCAGCACGCGGCCAAGGAGCGUGCAGAGCACUUCUGUCGGCGUAUCGCGCCGCGGGUGGAUGCACGCGGACUGACUGCGCUGCACUAUGCCGUGAUCAUGGACAGCGAGCGAGUGGUCAGACUACUGCUGGAUGCUGGUGCUGACCCGAACUCCGCCUCGCGACAAGGUCAUCAGCCAAUACACUUGGCCGAGAGCAAAGGCGUGCAGUCAGCUAUUAUAGAAGCACAAGGCAUGUAUGGAAAGCGCCGACAAGCCAGGGAGAAAGAGCGCCGGCGGCUUCAUCCGCUGGAGGAAUUUCUUCAUGAGCGUCUUGUCGGCCAAGAUAAUGCCAUCAAUGUCGUUAGUGCCGCGGUGCGGCGAAAGCAAAGUGGCUGGCACGAUCUUGAUCAUCCUCUGGUCUUUUUGUUCCUUGGCUCAUCCGGCAUCGGAAAGACAGAGCUGGCAAAGCAAGUAUCACAAUACCUACACAAGGACAAGAAGGAUGCUUUCAUCCGCUUUGACAUGUCCGAGUACCAGCAGAAACAUGAAGUUGCGAAGUUCAUUGGAUCUCCUCCAGGCUAUGUUGGUUACGAUCAAGGCGGGCAGCUGACAUCGCGUCUGCAAAAGUUCCCGGAAGCUGUUGUUCUGUUUGAUGAGGUUGAGAAAGCCCAUCCCGAUGUAUUGACAGCACUUCUUCAGCUGUUUGAUGAGGGGCGCUUGACGGACGGGCAGGGCAAGACGAUUGACUGCAAGAAUGCCAUUUUCAUCAUGACCUCGAAUUUGGCAGCGGACGAGAUUCGCUCUCAUGGUGUUGAGCUGCGCAAGGAAGCUGCUGGCCAGGAGCAGUUACAACAAACCCGGCAGAAAGCGAGAGAAGUAAAAGAAAGCGUAUCGGUGUCUCGCGAAUUUCAGGACAAGGUCGUUCGUCCGAUUCUCAAGCGCUUCUUUGGCCGUGACGAGUUCUUGGGACGUAUCAACGAGACCGUCUACUUUCUACCGUUCAGCAACUCUGAGCUACUGCACCUGACAGAGAAGGAGUUGAAGACAUGGGCCAAGCGUGCUAACGAAAGGCACAAGAUCAGCUUGUCGUGGGACGAGAGCUUGCCUGCUGUGCUUGCAGACGGCUAUGAUUCUCACUAUGGGGCUAGGUCUCUCAAGUACGAGGUGGAGAGGCGUGUGGUCAACUUACUUGCUGCCGCCGACGAACUCAACAUGUUGAAGGAAGGUUGUUCAGUGCAUGUUGAGGUGCAGGACCACCGUCCUUCUGACCAACAGACAUCCCUUCUCCCCAGGUUUUCCAUCAUGGGCUCUCCGUCCCCGCCAUCGUCGUCACCAAAGCAGGAGCCCGAGAGUUCGUUCCGCGGUAAACAGCUGAGACUGCGUAUUCGAGACGGCAGCGGAGUAUCCGACGGUGCUGAGCGCUACUUCAACGUAUAGCUAUCAUGGUUAUAGAGGCCUGGACUCAUCUAGGGUCCACCAGGCUCUUUAGAACUUACUUGAUCCUUGAAACCAUUGUGUUUUCGCAACCGUAGCCUAGCGCUGGGGAAACAUGGUCGGGUUCACGUGUUGUCUCUGCUCCCUCUCUCAGUGCAAUCACGUUGCUCUUUGACGAUUUAUCGUUGACCCUGGACAGUGAGGCGACUCAGCACAAUCUUGCGGGACUCGGUUUCUACCCGUGCCGGGUCGAAACGAUUUCUGCACGUUGUGGACUUUGUGGUAACCCCGCGCACAGAACGUUCACACAAACGGUCACCGGUGCACCAGCAUCAGAUCAUCAACCAUCGCCGCCGUGAUACUGACUGAUCCCUGUGAUAAAAAAAAAACAGCUGACAGACAGUGACAUUGACAGUCACACACAGCAGACUGACAGGAUCGCUUGAAAUACAUGAUUGUGGUUGUGGCCAAACCCAUCAGUUCUGCAUCAGUUCUGCUCAUGUGUAGAUCUACAGGUGAAGCAAGGUGCUGCACUCUCUGUACAGUGGACUCCAGUCCGGUCCAUCUCUCCGUGUCAGUGUACUACAAGAGUACAUGAAAACCGUGUUUUCAUGUACUCUUGACUACCGUACUGGCAAUAUAUGUUGCCGCAGUGAGGCCAUGAAGCGUUACAUUGGCACAUGUUUGCCGCACGCAGGGCGUUACAUGCAAAGUCGCACAGGAGCCGUUACACAGGUUUCUAUAUUGCCGCAGUCCUUUUUUUGCUAUUGCCGCAUCACUUUUUUGCUAUUGCUGCAUCAUUUUUUUGCUUUUGCCGCAUCAUUUUGAGUGAAAAGAUCGCCGCACCCCGCCGGACGCGCGUUACGAACUCAACGAAAAUUUGUCGCACUAGCCUGGUCGCGCGUUACGCCGCACCCCCCUGCGUUACGCGUUACGCGGCAACAUAUAUUGCCAGUACGGUAUACUGAUAGUACUGUGUGGGGCCCGCUCCAGCUGGCUCUCCGUGUUGUAGGGACCGCUCCAGCAGCAAGGGAAGUGUGAUGUCUCCGUGGCGCAAUCGGUUAGCGCGUUCGGCUGUUAACCGAAAGGUUGGUGGUUCAAGCCCACCCGGGGACGCUCGUUCUUUUUUUUUCUUUCUUUCUUUUCCAAUACCAGUACUUAGUACACAGGCCACGAUAUUUUCAGAAGCUGUUGUUGUUUUUGCAUGUUCACAGAUCUGUUUUGGCUUUUCUGGUCAGUUAUGUUUGCUCUUGUUCUUUCUGCAUUAUGACAUCCCUUCUUUCAGACCUGCUGAAUGCUUAUCAAUUAUCAUGCUCUCGUUCAUCUAGCUGUUGUACUAGCUGGCUAGUGCAAGACUACGUCCAUUAGCGCUCACGGUAGAUUAUUAAUUUUUGAAUACACAGAAA